UAUCUAUAUACCCAUAGUAUAACUGUGCGACGCGACUCGAUCUGACCCGACUUGACCCACACUGUACCCCAUACAAACUGGGACACAAUACAUAUGACGUCAUUAUGGGGGUUUCCCCUAUUCCCUUCAAUUUUGAUACUGUGUCAUGAUUACAUGAGAAUAUAACAACUUUGUUAACUUUCACAAUGUCUUCAAGAAUGUCUUCAGGUAGUUUUGAAUAUGAUGUCAACUUGAUCUAUCACGAAACACAUCUAGACUAUGCACUUACAUAUUUCAUGCCAGUGUUGGAACAAAGAUGGCGUCUACGUGUUUGCGCCAAAGAGAGAGACCAUUUACCAGGCUUACCCAUAGCGAAUAACAUCAUUCAAAGUGCUGAGGAGAGUCGUGUAAGUGUGAUUCUAUUUAGUAAACAGUUUAUUGAAGAUGGUGGUUGGAGUACGUAUGAAUCUUUGGUUGCACUGCAGAAGAUGGUAACUGGUAGCGGAAGACACAGACAUGCUGUUAUUCCUGUAUUUGUGUCUUCAAACGUAAAAGAUUCCAAUUUCAGGCCAUUUGUUCAUCUAAAUAUCACCGACAGUAUGGAAAGACAGUACUUUUGGAAACGAAUGAGAGAUUCAUUGAACAUUUGUGACAGAGAUGUUGACUUGAUUACGGUUCCUCCAUUAGUUGAGGAUUAUUAUGCAGCCCCGGGAGGCCCGUCAACUCAUGGCUUACAUCACCACAUCGUAAGUCAUCAUCGUCCGAGUUCUCUUCCACUGCAAGAGUCUGGUGAACAGAAUCAAGAGAUUAGCUCAUCGACUGGAGCUGUACAGCCCAAUCAUCAGGAGAGUUUAGUGGACGACAUUAUUACAUGGGUUACUGCUGGAGUAUUUGGCAUAUUUGUUGUAAAAGUUCUGUGUUGGAUUAUCACCCAACUAUUUGGAUUUUGAAACGUUUACUUAAAGAAGAACUAAAGAGAGUCUAAUUUGGUUGUCUGUAUUUCUUAAGUUAUGUAUA